CCCAGGUGCCACAUAGCCUUCGAAUAGUUUCAGCGCUUGCUUAUCUCUAGCCUUCCGUCUGGCUCUGUGACCCACGACAGAGGUGCACAACGAUGGCUCAUAUCUUUUGUCUGAAGGUUCGAUAUGAUCCAGGACAAAUCGACAGAGGUUCCUCGGUCAUGCAUUUUCAGAUAUGAUACUUAUCCUCAUUUCAUCGGUGAUUGGAGCGAUGUCUACCGAUGUGGUAUGGUUUGGAAGUCCCAUGGAAAAAUAGAGGUGGCUAUCAAAUCAUUGAGGAUCCUCGGUUCAAGCAAAAAAGCGAUAAGGGCAUUGCGCAAGAGGAUAUACGGCGAAGUGCGCGUGUGGACAACAUUGCAUCAUAAGCAUGUACUUCGCCUUUUUGGGACGACCUCGGGAUUUGGACCACUCCCCGCAUUCAUAACUCCCUGGAUGGAGCAUGGAUCAUUGACGAACUAUCUAUCUCUCGAGUUCUCCAACCUAUUGGAUCGAGACAAGUUCAUACUCCUUGAACAGAUCACGGCAGCUAUUCAGUAUCUUCACGACAGACAUGUCAUUCAUGGGAACCUCACUGGGCACAACAUAUUAAUCGAUUCCAGAGGAGACGCUCACGUAACAGAUUUCGGUCUGUCGGCGAUCCUUGCGGAAUGCGAUAGCUCGUCGUGCGAAACCUACUACUCGGGUUCUAUCCGUUGGGCUGCACCUGAGUUGAUAAACCUUACAGAUGAAGAAGCUGGAAAGCCGACAACCUGCUCCGACGUUUACUCGCUCGGUUGCAUACUACUUCAGGUGCUAUCCGGAAAGGUCCCUUAUCAUUGGCUGGAAGACCCUUUCCAUAUCAUGGUUGCCAGACACCAGGGUAUGCAACCCAUGGCAGCAGACAGUUCAGUAGACAGGCGCCACAUACCCCUUCUUCAAGAAUGCUGGUCAAAGUCUUCUGACAGACCAACAAUUGACCACGUUCUCAGUUAUGUGCAAAGUGCAUUGCCACCAUAGUGAUCGCAGGCAAUUGCUAUGAACAAUCCAAUGUCAUGCUCUUUUCUUUGUUGUUAUUUUUAUUCCAUUAGGUAGCAACAGUUGCACACUCAGGUCAGGUCUUUUAUUGUAACCCUUACAAACGCUGGUUUUGUCGAAUAUAU